GUGGCGCGACCGGGCCUGGACGAACAGCGCGAAAGCGACGGGCCCUUUGGCCCUCGAGAACAAGGUCGCAGAAGGGUCUGAUGGCCGAGUUGGUCUGCCGCUGCGCGGUCUGCUGAUGCUGCGCGGACUGAUGUCAACCGGACCUCCUGGAGAGGCACUCAACGAGGAAUUUCGCUGGGCAGUUGCACAACGAGGCUUGGAGCUGGGUAUGACGGCCGGGCGCGACGUCGCCCCGGCGCGUAAGAGGUGA